GUCCAGGCCUUCUGAAUCUCCAGCAAUAUCCCGUCCUUCAGAUCAAGGACCUGCUCCUGCAUCCAAAACUGAAAAAUAUGUGCCUAGGUUCCGACGGCAGAGUGGGGAAGGCUCAGGUGCGGCCCCACCUCCAGAACCAGAUCGCUGGGCAGCCAGCAACAAGCCCCCAUCCUCAGAACCUGAUCGCUGGGCUCGGCCUGCACCACAAUCUGAUCGCUUUGGCAGUGGCAGCCGGGCUUUGCCUCAGGAUUCAGAUCGCAGCAGAGUUCCAUCUCAGGAAGCUGAUCGAUGGGGCAGUGGUGGCAGCAAGCCAGAACCAUGGCGGCCCUCAAGGGCCAAGGCCGCACCACGUGGUUGAUCAAACUGCUAAAACAUUUUGAGGGAUGGUUUUGUUGGAAACUGAGAAUAUGGUUUUGGUGAUACAACCCGAGGAUUCACGGUGGUUUGUGUUUAACCUGAUGAAUAAUUUUGUAUUUUUUUUACUGCUAUUUAAAGACCCAGUUUAGUCUCAGGUUUGUGGAUGCUGGGAAUUUUUUUUUUUUUUUUUAAGUCUUCUGUGCAUGCCAUGUGUGAAACCUCUAACCUGCUCGGGCGGAGUUUCAUUU